AUGGGAUUUUGCGCGCCUCUGUUGGCGUCGAAUUUGAUAUCGCCGCUGCUGACGAUGACGGACACGGCGUUCGUGGGACGGUGCGCGGGGGAGGCGAGCGCGGUGGCGCUGGCGGCGUUGGGGGUGUCGACGCCGUUGACGGAUUAUUCGGUGUCGUUGUUCGCGUUCAUCACCGCUGGUUUGACGUCCAUCGUGAGUCGAGGCGUGGCGAGCGGCGAGGACGAAGAUGAGCUGAACGGGAAGGUGUACGGCGCGCUGUUCAUCGCCGGCGCGAGCUCGCUCGCCGUGGGCGCGCUGUUGCUCGCUCGCACGGACGCGCUGUUAGAUUUACUGAGCGUCACGGGAGAGGUGAAAACGAUCGCGGCGGGAUACACGCGCAUUCGUGGCUUGGCGAUGCCCGCGGCGUUCUUGACGGCGUCGGCGUACGCGACUUUGGUGGCGAGAAAAGACACCGUGGGGCCGCUGCUCUGCGUCGCGCUCGCGGCGGUGGUGAAUUUCGUGGGUGAUUAUCUCAUGGUGGCGGUGUUUAAAACCGGCGCCGCGGGCGCCGCGUGGGCGACGACGGCGUCAUUAUACACCGGUUUGAUCGCCAUCACGGUCUUGCUUCAUCGACGCGGACUCUUAAAGUUUCCACCGAGGCAAAAUUUUGGCGACGGUUCGCGUUCGUUUCUUCGAGCGAUGAUUCCCACCAAGGCGCAAAUGGCGCCGACUAUGGCGUUCUUCGGCCCGAUCACGUUUUUGGUCGCAGCGUUGUUGGCUAUUUAUACCACGCAGAUCCUCCAGGCAAACUCGCUCGGUGUCACUGUCUCCGCGGCGCACAGAAUCGCGGCGACGCUCUUCUCCUUCACCGUCCUCUGCGGCGAUCCUUUGGUGCAAGCCGGGCAAGCGUUCAUGCCCGAGCACAUAAUCACGCCCUCGAAGGCGAACGCACGUAAGAUGGCGAUGAUCCUGUUCCAGUUCGGUCUGUUCACCGCCGCCACCUGUUCCUCCGGUUUCGCCGCGUGCUGUUACCUCUGCGCCGGCGUCUUCACCACCGACGCCGCCGUCAUCGCGCAGCUCCAUUCCGUCGUUCUCCCCAUGUCCGCCGCGGUUUCCGCAAACAUCAUCUCCAAAUCGCUCUACGGCGUCAUGGUCGCCGCUCGAGCGCUGAAUUUCCUCGCCGGUCUCACCGCCAUCGGGUUGCUCGGUUUCGGCGCGGCGAUGUCGUAUCUCAACACGCACGUCUUCGGCCUCGCCAAGUAUUCCUACAUCUGGUGGAUCACAUUCGCGUACUACGGUUUGGCGAGCUUUAUAUUAUUUUGCCGCAUCAACGGCAUCGCGUUCAAGUCCAUCUUGCGCGACGACCGCGUCGACGCCGCGUCGAAGGAGCGCUCGAGCGCGUCGUGA